AUGAGCAACCUCAAUGCCAUUCACAAAGAAGUGAAAGUAGAAGAUGAGAAUGGUGGUGAAAAAGUUAAAGAACAUGAGGUUGAAGUUGGAGUUUUAGACCUAGAAAAUUUACAGCAAGAAAUAGAAAAACUGAAACACAAGUGCAUUCUCGAAGGCAAAUUGAAUCCUGAUAAUACUCUGCCUACUUCUAAUGUAGAUCCUAAUUCAAAUACUCCUAAUUAG